AAGACCAACUUAUCCAUCAACCACCAUGAUUCCCUUGCCUCAAGAGCUUCUCGACCAGAUUCUUGACCAACUGUAUGACGAUAUGAGGACCUUAGGCUCAUGUGCACUCACCUCGCGCAGCCUCCUAGAUAGAAGCCGCCAUCAUCAUUUCCGAAUGAUAGUUGUGAUCACCGAGCCUCCAAGCCACAAAAGAUGGAGUGAAUUCCUCGAGUUGAUUGUUCAUCCUGAUUUCUCAAAACAUAUACGCUCCUUGGAAUUACUUUUUUUUGAUUGGAAUUAUAGCGUCGACGGUUGCCUCGCCAUCUCCCUGCUAGACUUUCAACGUCUCCUCGAUCGGCUCCCAUUCUUGCAGGAUUUGGACAUGCAAGGGGUCAACAUAACUGCAUCCGGAUGCACUUCCCCCAAUGAUAUCACAGAGAACCGGCUGCAUAAUCUAGAUUUGCGCCAGUGUUUCUUCAACGAGAUGUCCACAACGCUUCCAGGGCUUCUGCACCUUUCAAGUCCGCACUCUCUAUCGCUGUCUAAUCUACAUUCUGUUGAAACCGAGCCGCAUGCGCUGGUUGUACACCAUGCUGUCACACCGGGUAUUGCGUCUCCUGUGGCUCAUCUUCGCUUGGGGAGGAUAUCGGCGAAAUGCCUGAAGAUCCUGCGCCUGGCCAUAUCCAGUCAAACACUUGUAAAGUUUACUUUCGGGAUAGACAUCUCUGGAGACGAGAUAAGCAGUCUGGGGGAUCUAAUUAAUCAUAUUUCCCCAUCUCUGCGCGAACUCCGGUUGACGUUACCCAUCAACUCAUUGGAGCAUGCCAAAUGGUUCAACAGGAGACAUAUCCCGUGGCAUCUCAUACACUUGUCAUCUACCCGUCAACUGACCUCUCUGGUGUUAGACUUCGAUGUCUGGGGUAUCUUCGAACAGGAGUGGGAAAUGCCCACGCAGGUCAUCCUAGCUCUUCUCCUGACUCUUCCCCUGACUCUUCGACAAAUCAGGAUUGAGAUAACAUGUAAUCUUACCAAUUCGCUCUCCUUCCUGAAGCAGGCUGCGUUGAAAGAAUGUCUGCAUCGAUUUCCAGAUCUGGAUAGCGUGGUAUUUGGUUGGAAGCUCUGUGGUUAUACGAAGGACGAAUGCAUUCAAUUGGCAACUCGAGUUAAAACACUCUUUCCGGAUCUCGAAGCGCGUGGCUUUUUUCAUCAUGAAUUCUGACACUUAACAAGCACACACGCCAUCCGAGGGGUCCGUAUCUGCACCGACAGCGUUUAUCAUACCCAAAAGUUUGCCUGGGUUUCAUCCGGAGGGAGUUCCACAGACGGACAACAUACCAAGGAGCCUGCAUUGGAACCGAUAUGUCAGGACGAUUUACAUCGGCUACUCGAUUCGGUGAAAUUUGUUGUUCGCUUGGAACACUGGAGUUGGUGAAACUGCCACCACACCGAUGUCUAUGGCACAGGACGCUCAGCAAGCGAAGCAGGGUCAGGGUACCCUGCAUCACGAGUGCUUUGUGGAACAAAUGUUGGUGUGCGGGCCAACCUUGCUAGGAAAUAGAUGCUGUGAACACCAGGAAGAUACGUGGUAUGGGGGAGGGCGACAAGAAGACACACACCCCAUUCCUGGUGAAUGGGCUCAUAGGUGAUGAUUUCGUACCCGUACGCAAGUUUCUUCGCCCAUUUUCAUGAGAAGUGCAAGGACUAUAGGCUACGUAAAAAACAAUGCCACGGGAUAUACAGCGAUCGAGUAUGAAAAGGUUCAAUAUUCAAUAUCCUUACAUUCCGAUCCCCAUUUCGAUCACAGUCUGCCUGUCACCAGUUUCCAAAUCGAUACCUUAUUCCAGUUUGGAUCAUCCUGUGUAGUAGGCUUUGCAUUCUGUCGUUGCUUCACCCACUGUUCGAACG